AUGAACGUCACCUCGCUCUUCUCCUUCACCAGCCCGGCCGUCAAGCGCCUGCUGGGCUGGAAGCAGGGCGACGAGGAGGAGAAGUGGGCCGAGAAGGCGGUGGACGCAUUGGUGAAGAAGCUGAAGAAGAAGAAGGGCGCCAUGGAGGAGCUGGAGCGCGCCCUCAGCUGCCCCGGCCAGCCCAGCAGCUGCGUCACCAUCCCCCGCUCGCUGGACGGUCGGCUGCAGGUGUCCCAUAGGAAAGGACUGCCUCACGUCAUCUAUUGUCGCGUGUGGCGUUGGCCCGACCUGCAGUCGCACCACGAGCUCAAGGCUCUGGAGUGCUGCGAGUAUCCCUUCGGCUCCAAGCAGAAGGACGUCUGUAUCAAUCCUUACCACUACAAACGCGUGGACAGUCCAGUGCUGCCCCCUGUGUUGGUACCACGCAACAGCGAGUUCAACGCCAAGCACACCAUGCUGCCUCGCUUCCGCAACCCGCUGCAGCAGAACGAGCCCCACAUGCCCCAGAACGCCACCUUUCCCGAGUCCUUCGCUCAGACAAACCCUGUUUCCUUCCCCCAUUCGCCCGGAAACAGCUUCCCCAGCUCGCCAGGGGGAGGCAGCAACGCCACCUUCCCGCAUUCGCCGUCCAGCUCCGAUCCCGGCAGCCCCUUCCAAAUGCCGGGUGAUACGCCCCCUCCUGCCUACAUGCCCCCAGAGGAGCCGAUGACUCAAGACUGCCCCCUGCCAAUGGACACCAACCUCAUGGCGCCACCUUUGCCGAUUGAGAGUAACAAUCGACCAGGUACUUGCUCAGCAGAUGUGCAGCCCGUGGCCUACGAGGAGCCCAAGCACUGGUGCUCCAUCGUCUACUACGAGCUCAACAACCGCGUCGGCGAAGCCUUCCAGGCGUCGUCCACCAGCGUGCUCGUUGACGGCUUCACCGAUCCGUCCAACAACCGCAACCGCUUCUGCCUGGGCCUGCUGUCCAACGUCAACCGCAACUCCACCAUUGAGAACACCCGGCGGCACAUCGGCAAAGGCGUCCACUUGUACUACGUCGGCGGCGAGGUGUACGCCGAGUGCCUGAGCGACAGCAGCAUCUUCGUGCAGAGUCGCAACUGCAACUACCACCACGGCUUCCACCCCACCACCGUUUGCAAGAUCCCCAGCGGCUGCAGCCUGAAGAUCUUCAAUAACCAGGAGUUCGCCGAGCUGCUGGCCCAGUCCGUCAACCACGGCUUCGAGGCCGUCUACGAGCUCACCAAGAUGUGCACCAUCCGCAUGAGCUUCGUCAAGGGAUGGGGAGCCGAGUACCACCGUCAGGAUGUGACUAGCACCCCCUGCUGGAUUGAAAUCCACCUCCACGGUCCCCUGCAGUGGUUGGACAAGGUUCUCACGCAGAUGGGUUCCCCACACAACCCCAUAUCGUCCGUGUCCUAG